GAAGGAGAAAAUGAAGUUCUUGAGAUUGAAUUUCCCGUGCAAGACUUGGAUCAAUUCUUUGGUGAUGUUAAUGAUCUAAAUUUGUGUAUGGAGGAUGAAGCUGAGGAACUUCCAAUGCAAGACUAGAUUUGUUUAAGAUUAGAGUCACUUCUCGAUUUCUCUGAGUUUCUUACCUAGCUAUUUUAUUUCAUUAAUUAAGUUUCAGUUAGUUUUGUUUUGAACUAUUCAAUCGUAUUCAACUUCUAUCGGAUACCUGUUAUUUCUUAUGCUUUUUUUCAUUAGCUCUCCAAGCUUCCUAUUUUUAAUCAUGCUAAUUUUAUUUACUGUAAUUAUCUUGAUUAUAUCUUAAUUGUCUUUGAAAUUGGUUAUAUAUGUGCAAGUUUACAACUUAUUUUAUAUGUAUGCAGAGAUGCCGAAGCAAAAUCAGUAUAAAAAUAUGUUCAAAUCGGCGGCGAGCUCUUCUCUUGCUCCAGGACAGUCAUCACUGUUUCAACCUCAGGCUCAAGCUUCAUCUUCAUCAUCACAAUCAAAAACAAGUCAACAUGUUCCAUCUUCAUCAUCUGAUGGAGAUUCUUCACAAUCUGUCGUUCCAUAUACUUUCGAUGGAGUUUCUUCAAAGCCAACUACACGUAAAGACAACGAAGACAAUCAUGAUUGGUUUGUCGAUGUUAUAGAUCAACAUCAAGUAACAAAAACGGUUAGAAUGAAGAUCAGGGAUGUCCAUAACAUGGAAAAGGGAUUGCGGAUAAUUGUAGAAUGCGAUGAAUAUGCUGUACCUAUUGGAAAAGCAGCCGGCAUAAUUGCAGGAGUUAUGGGGCAGCUUGCCACAAAUGCUCUGUACUUUCCAAUCAGCUUUAAAGAAUGGCCAGACAUGCCAGAUUCUUACUUGGAUCGUGUUUUUGAUGAAAUCCUAAUGGCUCGAUUUCUCUUUAUGAUUGAUCAUCAAAAAGCAAAAAAAUGGGCUGGCAGUAAUCUUAACAAAAAGUGGAAGGACCACUGGCAUAAAUUAUGGCAUGCUGCGAAAAAUCCAUUAUUGAGUAAAGAAGAGAUCAUUAGAAAAUCUCCGAAUGGCAUACCCAUGGAUCAAUAGGCACUGUUUGUCAAUUAUCGCAUGGACGAGAAAACACAAAAACUUUGCAAGAAGAAUCAACAAAUUCGACAAAAUCAAAUUCCUCAUACCGGAGGUGCUAAGAGUUUGGCUAGAAGAAGAGCUGAAAUGAUGGCAAAGGGAAAAGCUGUUGAUCGAGGCAAAAUGUGGACUGAGACUCAUAAGAGAAAGGAUGGAAGUUAUGUAACUGAGGCGGCUAGAGAGAUUGGGGUAAGUAUUCUCUUUAUAUAUGAUUACUCGAGUAGCAAUUUAAUCAGAUUUCUGGUUAUGGUGACAUAGCAAAAAAGACUAAUGAUUCAAUUGUGUUAUUGAGGACCAAAAAUUAGUCUUCCUCUGUGUACUAAUUCUACCAUGCAGCAACAACAACCUGUUGUUCUUGCCCCUUCUUCUUAAUGGGUUGCUUUUUGUGAAUCAGAGACAAUAGCAUUUGAAGACAAUACCAAAUUGUACAAUCUGGAAAUUUGUAAUUCGAAGAUACAUGGUCCCUCUAUCUUCAUAGAGUCAUCAACUAGUAUUUGACAACAAUAGUAUGCUUGUUUUUCUUUUACACAUGAGAAAAUUGAAGAAAUUCGAAGUCAAAGGCGAGAAAGUAUUCUCGAAGUUUCACCUAGUGAUGCACUUCGCAUAGUACUCGGUCCCGAACAUCCAGGCCGUGUUCGAAGGUUAGGCUUGGGUGUUGUUCCAACUAUGGCAUUCAAACAGACAUCUCGGAGAUUUAUGCAUGUUAAUGUGAGUUCAUCUAGCUCUAGCAAUCCAACUCCAAAGUGGCAGCAAGAGAUGACGAGUAUGAAAUCACAAUUAAAUGUGCUACUCAGCUUAUAUCAAAAGAACAUAGGAAACAUCCCUGAAGAGUUUGCUCACUUAUUUCCACCUCCUCCACAGGCAUCAGAUAUAGAAAGUGGUGUUCAUCAGUCACCAAUCGGACCAACCAUCGAUUAGAAUCUUCAGAUGAAAGUAAAAAGGAUGGAGGACUAAGUAUAAACUGGAAAUCAUUUUUAGUAUCUUUUUUGGAUAUUCUUUUUGAAAAACACUUGAAAUUAGUAUUUUGAUGAUGUAAUUUUGAAGUUUUGAGUAACACUUGAAAUUGGUAUUUUGAUGAUGUAAUUUUAGAGCUUUGAAUAACACUAGU